AAUUUGACUUAGAUAAGGUUAGUAGUGCAUGGGGACUGCAAUGCACUGUUUUUGGUAGAGCUUCACAAUGACCAUGCCGUCUGUGUUGGGAAUAGUUUUCGUGUUUAUUGCAGGCUGUUCUAGCUUACAGAUCCAUGGCAACGGAAAGCUCGGGGAGUCAACUAUAAGGUCACUAUUUCAGAGGAGCAUUGAAAAUUUUGAAGCGUUUGAUGUAUCAACUUUACAACAACUUAAUCAGAACACAGAAAGUUUCAAAACUCGGAAUACACGAAGCUCCUUGCCAACAGAAUUACAGGUUUCUGCGUUUGGAGAGGACUACCGAAUGAAAGUAUUUAAACCGGAACCCGUUUUGCAUCCUGAAGCCAGGAUUGUAACGAGUGAUGGCCCUGACGAGAAAGACUGGACCGGGACUAUACCCGACUGUUUCCUGGCUGGACACCUGACGUCCCAUGACGGAACAGUGUCUCUUUCUAACUGUGAUGGUUUGGAAGGACGAUUCAGCACAAAAGCGGGAGAUUUCCAUGUAAAAGAACUUCCAAAAGUUCACAACAAGCACCUUAAUUUCUCAGAUGACGAGACGGUACUUGUAAUUGCCAAAACAAAGCAGCAGGGGGAUUCAGAUAACGGCGAUGAUCGUGUUGCCCUAAAUCAACGCUUAAAACAAAUGGGAGUUGACAAAAGACGGCGGUAUACGCACUCCAGAAAUGUAGUGGUCGAGAUGGCGGUGUACACCGACAGCAAAUACACAGAACGGUUCCUACCCAAGGAUACUUACAAGAGAAUAGAAUUGAUGAUCUUGAAAUAUAAUGGGGUACAAAUGGAAUGGUCCCGCUACAGUGACCUGGGUUAUAACGUCAGAAUCCAAAUCAAAUAUAUUGGAUUUUUGGACAAAAAUCCGUCAUUUUACAACAUGUCGUCCGUCAUCAGUAUUUCUUUGAGUACUUUUUGUACUGGGAUGAGAAACAACCCCAUUCCUUAUGAUCUUAUCUUUCUUCACACAGGAAUGAACACUGACGUCACUGGGAGGUCAUAUCAAUCCAGUGCUUGUAAUCACUACUUCCGGUGUGGUGUGGAGAGUUCCGGCUCCAUCUUUGAGUACAAAUCAACGGCUCAUGAAAUAGGACAUAGUCUUGGAAUGUACCAUGAUAACAUAAAGGGGUGUACCGGAAGUGACGUAGGUCUCAUGGGAGGAUAUGGAGCCGGAUGGAGUUCGUGUAGUAUCAACGAUCUUAAUUCAUUUUUACAAGGCAGUCGUUCUCAAUGUCUGUUCCGAGAAGAUGUGGCCAUCCGAGGGACUAUUCGAUAUCCACCUUUAAUGCCCGUCUUAAUAGGCCAGCACUAUAGUCUAGAUGAAGUAUGUGAGAAGUUGUAUGGGCCGAACUUCCACUUCCGCAGGUUUCCCUACCUCGGGAAUUGCGAGCAAUACAGCUGCGCAAACUUCAACGAAGGGAGUCUGUUCGGGCAGUUGUUUACCCAGUGGAAAGAUAUCCCAGGUUCAUACUGCGGAACUGGCAAGAUAUGUUUCAACCAGGGAUGUGUAACUUUUGCUGCAGCGCGACAAAACCCGGGACGGAUUAGACCCGGGGGGUGGGGUCCAUGGACUAACUGGUACCCCUGCUCUAGGAGUUGUGGGACGGGGCUUACUUACAGGAGGCGGUUUUGUAACAAUCCAAGCCCCCUGAAUCACCCUGGGUGUGACGAGGACAAAGGGUACGAAGCCAGGACAUGUAACCCACAGCCCUGUUCAGGCGACAGCUCCGACACCGACGCACUCAUCAAACAGAGGGCCUCCGAAACCUGCAGGAGAAUGCUCAAGAAUAAUGUAAUCAAUUCCACCCUCUACACAGCAGAUGGCAGUCUAUACAAAUCACACGCCCAUGGCGUGUGCGAGGUUUCCUGUGCUCCCGUGGCCGGGCACAAAACACCCACGUUUACCAGAUUUGGUUUGAUGCCACAAGGAACGCCCUGUCCCGGAAUACUGGAUAAGAUGGACAUCAAUGACUGGCCUCGUAGACAAGGUUACAGCGCCCAGUGUUUAGACGGCUACUGCAAGAAAUUUGGUUGUGAUGGUGUGUUAAAUGGAGGUACUUUUGAUAAAUGUGGUGUCUGUAAUGGAGAUGGCACAUCAUGUGACGUCGUAGAGGGUACAUUUACGGAGUUAUCUACCACAGGUUCUAGAAAGGUUGUUGCAGAAAUACCUGUUGGAGCAUACAACAUUCAGUUUUCGUUUGACUACCUUUCAAUGAAGCAAAACUAUUUAGAGGUGUACACCAAAGAUGGUGCUGUUGUUUUGGCUAGCCUUAUUGGAAGCAGUUGGAUUUUUAGUGCCACAAGUAACCCUGUCACUUUCGCCGACACCUAUUGGUACUAUUUUUUCCACGACCAAUAUCUACACACUAAGGGACCACUCACUGAACCAGCCAUCAUAAAGAUUUUCCAAAACAAAGAUUUCAACAACACCGGGAUUCACUAUGCUUAUUCUCUCCCACAUUCUGCAAAGAGUUGUCAAGGUCAUUGUAAUAAUGGAGGCACGUUUAAUACCAAAUUAUGUGCCUGUGAUUGUACCAGUGGUUUUUAUGGAAAUACUUGCAGCAGUCGAUGUAACACCUUCUGCUACAAUGGCGCCAAGGUAGAUCAGUCCAACUGCGCAUGUCAGUGCAAUGAUCAUCAGACCGGAAGUCUUUGUAAAUGUGCGUCAGGGUACACAGGAAUAAACUGCACGAUACAUUCAUAACAGUAAUAUCAAUAAAAAGAGAUUCUCGAU